ACACCCUGUAUAACAACAAACAUUUUCAGUUUUUUUGCAGGAUCGGCAAUCGAUAAUGAUGUCGAUGAAAUUACCUGCAACUUGACGAAAAAAUUAACGAAAUUGAUGAAAAGGUUAAAAAGUUAUUUAAAAUUUAAUUUUAGCAAAAUGUUGUCUGCCCGGCAGUGGAAAUGCCACAAUCGCAAUUUAAAAUGUCGCAAGUCCCUGCAAAAUGGCGCCAAAUUAAAAUCGAGAAGUACUUGUUCUAGUAGUGCCCUUUGAAUGAAAUUUUUUGUUGCCUUGAAGAUAGUAAUGUGACUUUUGAAGGAGCCGAGGUGUAAUUAUUGUAAUUCUUUUUCAGCGAGAGAAUGAGGAAAUGCAAGGAAAAAGGACUGGGCGUAGUGGAUGCAGAUGCAGUAAGGGAAUUAUUCGUUUGUUACAAAUGUAACUAUGUGGCAAACUGUACUGCUGACUUAAUGAGUCAUUUGAAUGAAGAUAAAUGCGAAUCUAUCGAAAGUGCCGAUUUAAUCAUGUGCGAAUAUUGCAAUGCCUCUUUUGUAAAAGCGGAAUCUCUAGAUGAUCAUAUCAUAAAAAAACACCCAGAUUUUAUAGCUUCAGUUUCGCGUAAAAUAAUUCAAUGCCCGAAAUGCGAUUUUAAGAGUAUCUCAAAGUACAAAAUACGUAGACACAUUUCAGGAGUACAUCCCGGUUCAAAAGGAAAUCGGAACGUGUGCGCGCAUUGCAGUUCUACGUUUAAAAAACCGGAAUCUCUGGACGAUCAUAUAGUUAAAAUACAUCCGACUUUCAUGUCAAGUGUCAACCGAAAAAUUUACGAAUGCACCAUUUGUCCGUUAAAAACAAUAUGGAAAGGCAAGCUGGAGAAACACAUGACGAAUGUACACCUGAAAUCGGCAUCUGUCUUGUCUAUCCCGUGCACGUAUUGUAUCAAAAUCUUCAAAAGUCAGCAAUCGCUAGAUGAGCAUAUAGUAAAAAAGCAUCCGGAUUGUUGCGGGUCAAUUGUAAGCAAACUACACGAAUGUUCAAUUUGUCCAUUCAAAUCAACUGCUAAAGGUAGACUGGAAAAACACAUGAUGAAUGUACACCCUAUAACAGCAUCCGACUUGUUCAUCAGAUGCAUGCACUGCGAAGCAGUUUUCAAAAGUAAAGCGUCGCUAGACGAUCACGUGGUAAAGAAGCAUCCAGAUCGUUCCGCGUCCGUUACUAGAAAAAUAUUGGAAUGUCCAAUUUGUCCGUUUAAAACGAUAGCUAAGGCGAAACUUGAAAGUCAUACGAUGAUUUAUCAUCCUAACGCAGCGACUAACUUGUUCAUCGCGUGUAUGCAUUGCGAGGACGUUUUCAAGAGUAAGGAAUUGCUAGAUGAUCACAUCGUAAGAAAACAUCCAGAUUUCAUAGCAGCAGUUUCGCGUAAGAUACACCAAUGCCCAAAGUGCACGUUCAAAACUGUGAAAAAGUAUAAAAUAGAGAGACAUAUGACGGCGGCGCAUCCUGAUUCGAACACAACGAUGAGCGUCUGCGCGCACUGCAAAUCUACUUUCAAAAAGCCAGAAUCGCUGGACGAUCAUAUAAUUAAAACGCAUCCAACGUUUAUAGAGUCGGUUAAACGUAAAAUACACGAGUGCACCAAAUGUGAAUUUAAAACGAUAUCUAAAAGUUCGUUGGAAAGGCACAUGAUGGGUUCGCACCCUAAAGCGGCGUCUAAUUUGUUCGUAUCGUGCGUACAUUGCGAUAAAGUUUUCAAAAGCAAGGCACUGCUGGAUGAUCAUAUAGUAAAGAAGCAUCCGGAUUAUUCCGCGUCGGUUACAAGGAAAAUAUACGAGUGCCCAAUUUGUCCAUAUAAAAGUGUAAGGAAAACUGAUUCAGAUAAGCAUAUGGCUAUACAUCCUGAAACAGCGCAGUUGUAAUGUACUAAGUGACGAAAAAAGGUAAACACCUACGUAUUUUGGCGUUUUUCUGGGUUCUUUUGGGUGAGGAUUAAAACACUGGAUUCCACAAAAAGAAACGCACUAAUUUAUUUGACUUGAUAGAACAUUUAUACGAGUAUACACCACUGUUUAUGUCUGACUAAUUCUUACGUCGCCAUUGACUGCACUAAACUCCACUCCGCUCUGCUACUCUACCGUCUUCAGUACUCUCUGCCUCCAUCUUUUUUUUGUGAGAGGUGAAUGCGUUUAUGCACCAUACCAUAGCCCGAGCUACGGCGUGUGUGGGACUCCAGGUUGUCUUGAGGAGACCACCUAAUACCCACUAAAC